UGGCUCAGAAAAAGGAAGGUAGACCAACUGCCAUGAGCUGGAUUGACCUUGUGGUGUCAAAAAGCAACACAGAGGCGACAUGACUCUUAUUUCGCCUCCGGCGGGUUUGAACUUGGCGGGCCUGGCUUUUGGCACUCAGAAUCUUCUCGGCGCAUAUGGCGCGCAGGGUCUUCUUGGCGUUCAGGGCACUCCUGGCGAAUGGGUGUGCGCAUGCGGUUUUAGAAACCGGGAUUCGAACCUGAAGUGCGGUGGCAACGGGCCCAUGGGAUGCAAGUCCCCAAAGCCUGGCGUGGCCGUGCAAGUGCCUCAAUUAGCUCCAUCCCUGAUGACAGGUUUGACCGCCUACCCUACUGUCGAUUCGAGAGUACCAGCAGCCUUUCAGGCAGCUGCACAGCUGGCUCAGAUGGCUCCUGUGGCUCCGAUCAGCUACGGCCCACAGCGAACGAGGGCGAUACCAGGGGGUGCUUCACCCUAUGGCGGCAAGGCCAAGAGCGCACCCGGUGUGAAGAGCGGUGAUUGGAAGUGCCGAUGUGGCUUUAGCAACAAAGCAGCAAAUCAGCUUUGUGGUGGUGGUGGAGAACUUGGCUGCAAAGCUGCCAAAGAGUGGAUUUGUGGACUCUGCAUGUUCGUCAACAAAAACAGCAACCUGGUGUGUGGCGGUGCUGGUGGCACUUUGGGAUGCAAGGCACCAAACCCUGCAGAGGUUGGUGGUGUGCUUGCUGGGGCGAAGCUGCCGCAGUGGGCAUGCCCGUGUGGCUUCCUGAACAAAGCCAGUAAUAAAAUGUGCGGUGGCAAUGGCCCACUUGGUUGCAAGUUGCCGAAGCCCGACUAGGACCUAUUUUAAGGCGAUCCAAGUGAGUUCAAGUGAGCGUGAAAGGGCGUGGGUUCCAUGGCAAAAGCCGACGCUUUUGACGUCUCACCCUGGACAGUAGCGACCAGAAUGCUGGGCAGGUGGGCAUGUCAGGUUGGGCUGUGAGAUUUAGACCAUUUGAGGCGGCCCAGAUGGCCCCAGAAUACCUAGGGUUCAAAGAUGUUCAAAGAGAGAGGCCAUCGCUCUUAGGUUGGAGGUCAUCGCUAGUAGGUUGGAAGCCAUCGCUGGUAGGAGGUUUAGUGUUUUCGUUUUUUCCUUCAUGGCAUGAUUGGACAUGCUUUCCGGAGCCGUCACUGCUGCCAUGACCAGUGGAUGUUGGGCGUUUUCUUAGUUCAACCCGUACAAAAUGCCACAUAAAUCUUGCACUGCCAACGAUCAACUACCUGCAAUGCUGUUCUUUCUUCUGCAGUGGACCGGACCUUGUGAAGAAACGCUCCUUUUUUUGGAGUAACAAGAAGCUACUAGGAGCAAAGGGCAUCGCUAGGAGCAAGGACGCUACUAGG